AUGAGAUUUUGGUGCUGUGGAUUAUUAAUUCUGUUUAUUUGCCACGUUGCAAAUGCUGCUGUGUCAUACCAGCUGUAUACGCGACAGAAUAAGAUCAAUGGACAACCACUGGUUUAUAAAAACAAGGCAUCAAUCAGCAAGAGCAAUUUAAAUUCUGCUAAGAAAAAUAAAAUGAUAAUCCAUGGCUAUGGACAAAAUGGUCGAUCAAAUUUCAAUCGAGAUCUAAAAAAUGCUUUACUAGCUCACGACGAUUACAAUGUUAUUGUUGUUGAUUGGUCAACAGCCACUGGUUUAAGUUACGAUACAGCAGCAAAGAAUGCUCCAGAGAUUGGAAAAUCAAUUGCACAAUUUAUUGAUUGGUUGAAGCUUGAUGAAGGAUAUAUUCAUGUUAUUGGAUACGACAUGGGUGCUCAUAUUGCAGGACUUGCUGGAAAGAAUGUUAAGACAGACAAACUUGACAAAAUUACUGGACUUGAUCCUACAAAGAGAGGUUUUGAUCCUCAAGACCCAAGCACACGCCUUGCUAAAGAAGAUGCAAGACAUGUUGAAGUUUAUCAUUCAAAUGGUGGAAAGUAUGGCAUGAUGGAGCAUCUUGUGGAUAACGAUAAAUAUAUCAAUGACGGAAAAUCUCAAAACGCUCAAUGCUCAACUGACUUAUGUUCACAUGAAAUUGCUUGGAAGCUCUAUGUUGAUCAAGUUCGUGGAAGAAACUUUUUAUCAUACAAUUGUGAAACUGUUGAAGAAUUGGAUGGAAAGGGCUGUGGAUGGAUUCCUUCAGAAUGGUUUAAUGAACAUACAGGAAUUCAGCAAAUUAAGACAACCAAUAUGGUCAUCGUUUGA